AUGGAGAACGUCGGCGAAGGUGACGUAGGUCGUACCGAAGGAAAAGGGAGGAUCUCGCCUCGUCACGAUUUCGGGAAACGAUGGCAUCGCUUUCGGGUUCUCACGCCAGAUUCGUUCAUCCUUCGAGGUUUUCGUGCGAUGAGCGAUCCUUGGUUCAAGUACAGAAGUCGCGGACGACAAGCGGCACCGUGUUCGGUAGUGGCUGUCGCUUACGGACGUCUAUUCGAGCCGAAGGAAUGGACGAGGGAUCACGUGGACCAAGUGCUGGAACACGGUGACAGACUGUUUCGCGCGAGCGCCCUGAAGACGCGGCUGAAGGACGACGAGUACCUGAGGACCGACUGGGUGCACAACGAGUUCUACGUCGGUCUCUGCAAGAUUCUGGUCGGCAUCGAGGACAGCGGAAUCCACGGCAAUCUCCUGAGCGGAUCAAUCGGUUGCUCCGAUCUCGCCCAGGGUCUGCACAAGUUUCUACGAGACAACGAUUCGGGAGUGAUCACCGCCCAGGGUACCUCCGUCGCGGUCUGGCGACAAUUUCCCGGUGCUAAAAGUUUCCUGUAUUACGACCCAGUUUCCUGCGACGAGACCGGUCUGCGUCGUCCUGAUGGUACGGCUUGCCUGAUGAGAUUUAAAUGCGUGAAUGAUCUGACGGAUCACCUGCUGAAGAAUCUGGAUCAGCGCUACGACUCUCGAUACUGCAUCGACAAGGUCACCGUGCUACACGCCAAGGAAAUCGGUCGCGGUUUCAUCGAUCGUCUACCCGAAAAUCUGCCGAUGAUCCGGAAGAGCGUAUUGCGAUCUAUCGAUCCGUCAAAUGAGCACAAGACGGACUGCACGAAACCGGUGCCCAAGGACGACAGGUCGCGCGCACUCGCGAGGAUACGCAAGGAGCCGCUGUCAAUCGUCAUCUCGAAUUACAGCAUCGAUCGUCACUUCGCCGCGGAGCCGCUGGUCAGCCGGAAUCACUUCGACACCGGCUAUUCCUACGACGACAUACGCGUCAACGUGCCGUCCACGUUCAUAGAGUUGCCCGGCAAAACGGCGAUUCUUCAUGGUUCGACUCACGAGGGCAGCGAGAUCUACGAAGGUAAGGGCAGCCAGAACGUGGCCAAUUGCGUGGCGGCUAUCGCCACGAAGAAGGUGCACCCGACGAAGACAUGGACGAGUUCGAAGCUGGAUGAGAUUUUGACGCUCGGUGAUUCGCUUUACGCUAGCGUCAAGGUCAACAAACCGACUAUAAAGACGAUGACGGCUGCGGAAUUGAAUGACGCGAGGCUCCAAGUGAAUAACCGUAGAUUGGUGGUAGACGUGGACCUGAUCACUGUGAUCGGCACGCUGAAUUCUAAGGUGCCAUCGGUGUUAAAUCUGAAGCAGGGGCUGGAAGAAUUUUUUCUGGUGAAUGAAGAGGGCGUAAUCGAGACGACAUCAAUGGCGGUGGCGAUCUGGAGCCAGGACGACUGUUACUAUCUAUUCGAUCCUCAAGCCUGCAAUAACGUCGGCGUCAGAAUCGCGAAGAACGAGAAGGACGUAGGAAGUUGUUGCGUGAUUCGACUUCCCAACAUCAACUCAUUGACUGCGCUGAUCUUGAAGAACGUCGACCCGGCGAGGAAAAACGACCGAUUCACGAUCAGACACGUCGCGAUCGCGGACGAUUUGGCUGGCACUCGACCUUGGAAUGAAUUUCAGCCCGGGAUGGCGGGGAAGACGUGGGUGUUGCGCGGCGAAAUUUCGAACAUGGACGAGUUGUUCGAGGUGGAGAACCAGGGUCUUCAGGGUCUUGCCAUACCGGUGGUGGCUCUGGUGAACGCGUGGGAGACGCCACCAGAGAAGUGGACCAGCGAGACUGUCGACGAAGCAAUCAGGGAUGGCGAUGCUUAUUAUGACUGGUGCAAGCCCGCUGAAAUAGAAGAGGAGGUCGAAAGGCCGCUUCUGGUACACGAUUUGAAGAGGAACUUGUACGUCAAAAAUCGAAAAGUCACCAUCGACGUGGAAGAGGCGGCGGUCGUCGGCGAUCUAUUGGCAUCGGAUGAUUCUGAGCUGCUCAAUUUGGAGAAAGGACUGCGUCAGUUCUUCCAGAACAAACAGUACGGAAUAGUCGAAACGGGAAGACUCUCGGUGGCGGUGUGGAAAGUCGAGGAAGACGUGAAAGACGAGGAUAAGAAAACGUUCUACUAUUACUUCGAUCCGAAUCCUCGGGAUCACCUGGGUCAAUCGUCGGUGGCAGAAGACGUAGAGAAUUCUGCUUGCGUGGUCCGUAUAUUGGAUCUUUCGACAUUGGCGAACCUCAUCAAGAAAAACGCUGGGCAGGAUUUAAAAAAUACCGAUUUCACAAUACACGAGCUGAAGAACGUAUCUAUCGGCACGAUAAUGACGGACGAGGAGAUCGAGGUGGAUAAACAAACACCAAUCAAGCCGGAUCUGAACAAUUACUCCAAUUUAGGGGACACCGGCGCUCUGUUGUUAGGCACCAUCGAGCAGGGAAACAAGAUGGCCUUCAGGCAGCAAACAAGGGACAAGCAGCAGGCCGCCAAUUCUCUGACGACCUUGGCUAUGACUAAGCUUUACAAUCCUCAUCUGUGGUAUCCCGAGCUCGUGGACGACAUCCUGAGGAUUGGUGACAAACUCACCAGCGAGAGUCUAAUAAAUCUGCCCGAAGCGGAAACUGAAGAGGAAUCGCCUAGGAAUUAUCUUCUCCCCUCGGAGAUUAUGGAAGACUUCACUAUAGGUGUCAAUCGAAUAUCGAUCGGUCUCGAAGAGCAGUCUAUCGUCGGAAAAACGACGGACGUGACCGGGCUGCUGCAGCAGUUCUUCGAGGACAAUACGAUGGGAGUGUUUCGUCAGGGUAACAUCAUGAUGCCGAUCUGGAAAGAGGGCGAGGUGUUCUUUACGAUGGACCCUAGAGGCAGAAACGCUCGCGGCGAACCCGGGAACAAGGAUGCAGCCGCGGCGACGAUGUGGUUCACCGACAUCCCCUCGUUGGCUGACGUUCUUCGGCAGGUCGCGCAACAGGACGACGAUUUCGUCAUCGACUCCGUCACGCUCGAAAACGCGUACGAAACGCGAGUGGCCGAGGCACGACGGGUGAAAAAGACCACCUCCGGAGAGGAUCUGUGGCACCACUUUCCCAAACUCGCCGACGGUGUCUGGAGCAUCAACGGUAACGUCGCCAUGACGGAUGAAAGAUUCGACGAGGAAAAUCGUGGCAAACAGAGCGCAGCUAUUGCUACGAUAGCCGUCGUCUUCUCCAAGGUCUAUCAGCCGAAAUACUGGACGCCGUCCAUCCUUGACGAAGUUAUCGUUACCGGGGACAAACUGCACUCGAAAUGCGUCGAGCGACUGGGUGCGGGUUCGAUACCCCUGGUGAACGAGAUUAUCAGCGAAUUCUUCCUAUCCAAUCGGCGCAUUGCUCUAACAAUCAAGGAUUGCGUUGAAGCGGGUAAUCUUGUCGGGAAAUCGCUCAAGAUUCAGGAUCUGCGAACCGGUAUCGACAACUUCUUCGACAAGUACAACGCCGGCGCGUUGAUCACGCGGGGAAAUCGAAAUAUCGCCAUGUGGAAGAUGGAGAACGCGUACUAUGUCCUGAUACCCGACUGGUCCACUAAUAAGAACGCGAUGACGGUACCACGAAUAUUCAGGUUCAGAGACGCCGGUCUUCUCGUGGAGUAUCUUCUGCGUCAUCUGGGGACGACGGACGACUAUCGAAUCACCGCGAUCGACGUGCUGGAUCAGGACAAACCGUGGAGAUUCGAUCCUAGUCCGGCGAUUCGACCGGCGAAUCUGCCGCCUUUGAACGCUUAUAAAAAGUUGCAAGGCGAAGCCCGGGCGAUUCUUCACGGCAGCUACCAUCAGGGCGACGAGAUCUUCCCCGAAAUGCUGCGCAAUCGACAGACGGCGGCGAAUUGCGUCGUCGCCCUUGGCAUGUCGAUCGUGAAGAGCCCGGUGACCUGGACGAAGAAAACCAUGGACGAGAUCCUGGCGAUCGGCAGCGCAGUUCAUCGGGAGACGAGGAAAGCGAGACCGACCAAGUCGAGGUUGAAACCGAAGGAUAUCAUCAGAGUAUUCUAUGUUGGUGUCAACGUGCUGACUGCUGACAUUGAGUCUGAUACUGUGAGCGGUCUGGUGACAGCUGCGGCUCUCGAUGCGAAAGAGGAAAAGAAGAAACCAGAAGAGACGGAAAAGAUCAAUAAAGACAAGAACGCAAUUCAACCUUCAUCUCCGACUUUACUUGAAGGUCUACGAAAAUUCUUCCAGGACAACCGCGCCGGCAUUCUGAUGAUCGAUCGAAAUAUGCUCGCUAUUUGGAAGGAUUUAGGUGUCUACUUCAUGUACGAUCCUAGAGCAAAAAGCGAGCAGGGUCUGCCAGAUCCUCGUGGAACCUCGUGCACGAUGUGGUUUGCCUGCAUGGAACCCUUGUACGACGCAAUUUUCGCAAGCAUCGAUGAACGUGACAGAUACGAACCUUUUGAGAUCUGUCGCGUGAUUAUGAAGACUGCCGUGAUAGAGCCCUUGCCGUGUCCAGCUGGUUUCCGGCUUCACCUGGACCGUAGUUCACCACUCACGAUCACGUCCGCGAAGAAGAUCGCUACAUUGGACGUAGAACCGCUCAGCCAGUACGUCAUCGUGGAGGAACACCUUGAUAUUCUGCGGGGCAAGCUGCACAUGUGUCAUCGCGCUUUCGACCUGAGAAACAGGGGUCACCAGAGCACCGCGAUCGCAGCGGUCGCGAUCGUAGUCGGACUGCUGCACGUGCCGUCCACGUGGACGCCCGAGCUGAUCGAUGCCGUUCUCAGACACGGUGAUUCGUUAUACUCGGACAGCGCUCGUCGUGCUCGCGUGAACGCCAGGAAUCUCUCGCCCAGCGAGCUGCUCAACGUGUUCAUCGUGGGCGAUCUCCGGACCACUGUUCACGUUCACAAUCAUACCUUCGCCGGGAUACUCCACGUCUUCGACCUGUCCGAAGCGUUAACUACAUUUUUCCGCACUAAUUGCGCCGGGAUACUGCACACGACCAAUUUAGCAGUAGCCGUGAUGCAGCACUACGGGAAAUUUUACAUGUUCGAUCCGUGCGCGAGAAACGAUCGGGGCAAACCCGCCUACGACGGGGCCGCCUGUUUGUUCAGGUGCAGCAAUGUUGCGAAAAUAGCCGAAAUCUUCGUGGCAAACUGCAAUCUCAAACGGCCCAACGUGUACACGUUGAACGCGAUCAAUGUGUUGCGUUUGCAUUUCUUCUCGAAUGCGCGGGACGUUUGUCCACCCAAGUGCGAACAAUGACGAGGUCUUAGAUUUUUAUACGUGGUAGACGCAACACGAAAGAGUUCCUCAAUAUGCGUGAAAUUUGCUGAAAGAAAAUAUUCCUUAUAAUCCUGUAAUAAAGUAUCUCCUAGAAUACUCUGUAGUCUGAAAGAUGAAUGAAUGGGAAAGAAUUAAGUACACACAGCCGAACAACGUUCUCAAAGUGCUAAUUUUAUUUAUAGGUUUUCUUUAUGACACAAAUCACUUUUAGCAUCUACAUGAGUAGGAGUACAGGCUAUACGAGAAUGAAUUUGAUACAGAUCACUUAUUAGUGUAAAUACAAUGUUCCUUUUUUUCUUCUCAAUUACACGCUAUCAACCUAGAUACUUAGAAAACACUGUACAACGCAGUUGAGAACUGUCGAUUGAUACUUUACAAUAUAGUACAACCACUCUUCUGAAGCGAGACACGAGCACCGAAUCGGGGACGGGUCGGCUCGAGGAGACUAAUCGUCCUCUCGUCGCCGUCGCCGUGGAAAAGGAGUGUCGUCUCCUACGACUUGCGGACUUCGCGAGCGAAUCUCGAUACUAUCUCCUCUCGAGCGGACUGUAGGCCGUAUCGAGCGAGUUUGCCCGCCGAGGAUCAUCUCUACUCUGCAUCCCGGAGAUAUGUCUCUCUCCUUCUUUCUCCCUAAUACGCGUCCUCAAAGACGCAAAGACACUUUCGCGUCUCUGAAUAGUCCGCUGUCGAAACCUAACGCGACGUAGUCUCGUUUCUAGCAAAAGUGAAAUGGGAGGUAGCGAGACGCGAGCGAGAGUACUUUUCCUCGAGGGAUAUCUUCGCGAAUUUUCAUCUCUGAAGUUUGUCCGUCGAGGAGACUGCUCGCGUCGCUCUCCUCACCGUAUCGCAUACAAGCACGCAUACAAUAUUCAAACAUCGCACGACUUUGCGAGUCUUGUUUUCUCGUAAUAGUUUUCUCGUCUGUCAGUUCAACCAGUAAUGAUUGAUAAGUCUCCGUCCGCCUCCUUUUCUCUCGCACUGGUCUCUUGUGAGACGUCGCUGGUCGUCCUUGCCCCAUACUUGUUCGAUGAGUAAGCAGGUAGAUAGAUAGGGAUAGGAAAAAGUUGUGGAUGAUAAGUAAUUAGCUACUUCGACUUUUCGAUCGAACGUUCUUGUACUUGUAAGAAUCCACGUUACUCCUUCGUUAAAUUCUAGGAGUUUCGUAUACUGUAGGUGAAUUCGUUUUCUCGCUUUAUUUCUGAUUCGAUAAUGUUCGAUGAGGAAGGUUCAAUGAAAAUGAGAUGCGUUACAUUCGAAAGAAGAUUAAAUGCCGCUUUCAGUCGUGUGUAACAAGUUCGAUCGACAAACGAAGAAGCGAAAAAGUUAGGGAAAGGAGAGAUGGCUGAAACGAGAAGAGGACGAACGAAAAGGACGGAGGGAGCGAGGAAGGGCAAAUUCGCGUCGAUGUCGCUUGACGCUUCGCAACUGACAGAACAAGGUCGAAUGGAUUGUAAUGUAAAAAAAGAGAAAAACGAUAUGCGUAUUAUUAUUAAUAUUGGCAUAAUGUUGUUAUGGCACGUUUAGUUUUGCUGCUAUACUCAGCGACGCGUUUUUACAGCGUGCGAUUCAGUCGGAUGAAAAAAAAGGAAAGAAGGAAGAAAAGGGAGGCGAAGAAAGAACACAUUGCGGAAGGGAAAGAAGAGGAAAAAGAAAACAUAUUCGUUUCCGUCUCGCGACGUGCAAACGCGCGCGAUUUCGACACUCUGUCGUUGGCACCUUCAUUGCACUUUCCCAUGCGUCGCAACAAAUGCACCUUAUAAAACAUAUUUUUCUUUCUUUAUAUACAAGAGAGAACUAUGCUCCCCUUGAAAACGAACGCUCGCAGAAGAACUGUUGUAAAGAACCCAUUACGUUGUGCUUUUCCUCUUUUGACCUUUUAUAAUAUGAUAAAGGAAGAUUAAAAUUGCACCGAAAUAUGUGUGUGUGUAUAUAUAUAUCGCACAACAAAACAGAACCAAUCUCUAAACAAUGUGUGUUUGCGAUUAUAUGUACUCGACGUGUUUGAAAUUGUGCGAUUCAAGAUUCUUGAAAAUAUUAUCGCAAAAAGCAACUCUGCUGCAAAAAUAUUUAAAAAGGCUUCUUACGUUUUUUCUUGUAUAAAAUAAAAUAUCGAAUUUACAGUGAUUAGACAUCAAAUAUUGAAUUUAUCAAAUAUAAAUUAAAAAAGUUUAAAAACUAGCAAGAGAAGUCUCAAUAUUAAAACGAGCGAGAAUAAAAUAGAUAAUCUUUUCUCGCACAAUUAACGCACCUCUGUUUUAUUCGAAAUGUUCGCUGCCGCGUUAAAACUUUUUUAGAACGAUAACUCGCAUCUUGAGGUAUUUGUUCACUUCUGUCCAUUGUCAGAGAACUUUUUCGUUCAUAUUUGCACACUACACCGCAGUAAACAAGAUGUCUAAUAAAAGGUAUAUGAAAAAAACCGUGGAAAUAAUCAUCGAUAAAAUAUAACAUUAUUUUGCGCAACGACAAAAAUACGCAUUAUUCUAAUAUUCGGAAUCGCAAAUGUGAAAUAAAAAUUAAAAAAAAAAAAAAAAAAUAAAU